GACUGGGGUUGACAGUGAUGGAACAGCAGCAGUGAAACAUUUCAUCUGUGGUCAUUUGAUCCAGGAGCUGCAGGAGGCCUAGCGUUUCUUACUGCAGACUUAUAUCACCUGUGUUUCAUGGGACCAGAGAAGCUGCAGAACUCUGCAGUGGUAUUUGAGUUGACCGGCUGUGGGCAGGAGGACUGAGUCAGGAGUCCAUCUUAAACCCAGAUCAUUGACGUAACCAACCCUCUGACAGGGUCAUGGUGUACCUGGCCCACACGGUUCACUGGCAGUUCCUGGGCCUAGUGAUUGGCUGUGUAGGCUGGAUCCUGACCAUGGCCACAGCGGGCCACAACGAGUGGAGGCUGUGGUACGUAGAGGACGUCUCCGUGGUAACCUCUGGCGUGGCCUGGGUGGGCGUGUGGCGGGCGUGUUUCUACAGCCACACUCUACCCGACUCAGAGUUCUGCCAGCCAAUCAGCAUUGCCGACCUGUUUGUUCCCGUGGAGAUCUCCGUGGCACAGGUGGUCAUCAUGGUAGCAGUGAUAACUGGACUGUUGGGAAACAUCCUUGGUGCGUACGCAGUGAGGAACAUCUAUUUUGGUCAGAAGACUCAUGACUUUAUCAGACUGACGUUCUCAGGGGCCGGGGGGCUGUACAUCCUGACAGGGGUCAGCUUUCUGGUCCCUCUAGUCUGGAACGUGAAAUCUGUCCUGACUAAUCAGACUGUAGCAUUCCCCCCAGAGUUCCACCUCCCUCCUGCCCCCCUCAGACAGGAAGUGGGCGGAGCUAUCUGGAUGGGGGUCGGUGCUUCGAUCUUCCUUAUCUUUGGCGGUCUCCUAUUCCUCUGCUACAGGUAUGUUAUCAGGGCUAAGCCAGUCAGUGGAGAGAACGACAAGGACCCUCUACAUGGGCCACCCAUAAGACUAAAGUCUAUAUCAGAGAAUGGAGACAAGGAGACCAGAGACAACCCUGCCUUCCAGGCUGAUGAAGACUUUUAGGGCAGAGGGCAGACAAACAGGCACUUGUAAACUCCCCGUCAUGGAUUUAAAAGCAUAGAAUUGGUUUAAGCAUUGGCUGGAGAGAGUUUCUGCCAUUGUUUAAUACAUGCAAGAAAGUGUGGAAGUACACACUUUGGGAGAAGGGUGAAAUUAUCAUUUUAGUAUGAUUGUUGAAGUUUAGAGUACAGCUUUGACAAGUGCAUAGACGCACUGAUCUAUAUUUUGGUCUCUGAUAAGUGUGACUAAUGAAAACUGCAAUUGUUUUGAUUGAUUGUAUAUAUUUGCAACCUAAUUUAUUUGAAAUGUUGUAACUGUAAUUUUGUAGUGAUCAUGCUUGAACUGUUGUUCUCGAGGCACCAUUACAAAUGAGACCCUGAUCUCAAUGGAUUCCGCAGUUAAACAAAGGCUAAUAAUAAAAUCAAAUUAACAUGACAAAGUUCAUGAAAUCCUUGGAAUGUCAUCAUGUGUAAAAUAACUUUUUUUUUUAAAUGUAAGUGAAAAGAAUGUGUCAGCUGUACUGUAUUGUUACUUCAUAUAAUUUCAUAAUAAAUAGAUUUUUAUAUUGAAAUCA